AUUAACUUAAACCUCCAAAAACUCAAAUUCAAACACACAAAAUUUCAAAACCAAUAACCCAACCCAAUCCACCCAAAACUUACAAAACAAAACCCAACAAACAGAUCACCGGAAAGUGCUGACGUCAUCAAAACCCGGCAAUGGCACAAGCAGCAAGACUCAAUCUCCGAAUGCAAAAAGAACUAAAACUCCUCCUCACCGACCCACCGCCGGGAGCUUCUUUCCCGCACCUCUCUCCUUCUUCCGAUCUUCAGUCCUCCUCUCUAACCGCCAUUGAUGCCCAGAUCGAGGGUCCUGAAGGUACUGUUUAUGAAAAAGGGGUGUUCAAGAUUAAGAUUCAGAUACCUGAAAGGUAUCCGUUUCAGCCGCCGAUUGUGACAUUUGGGACUCCCAUAUACCAUCCAAAUAUUGACACCGGAGGGCGAAUCUGUCUUGAUAUUCUAAACCUCCCUCCAAAGGGUGCAUGGCAGCCAUCUUUGAACAUUUCAACUGUUCUUACGAGCAUUGGGUUGUUACUCAGUGAACCCAAUCCUGAUGAUGGACUAAUGUGUGAAGCUAGCAGGGAGUAUAAAUACAACAAACAAGUUUUCGACCAGAAAGCAAGAUCUAUGACCGAAAAAUUCGCCAGAUCUGAUUCAAGUCCGAAUAACGGUGGGAUUCAAUUUGUCACCGAUUCAAUCAUGAGUGAAGAUAAACCACCAGAACCGGUGAAAACUGAUCUGCGCGAGUACGCUGCAAGUUUUAAAAAGCUUUCAGGGACGGGUAGAAAGCUGUCACUGGAUGCUUCGUAUUCAGGAUCAAACGCACGGGAACGUGAUACGGGUAUGAAUGAAAUCACGUCAAACACAGUACGUCAGUCACCGAUACAAGAACCAAAAGAAGGUUCAAAAGAUACGUCAUUUGAGUAUGGUAAAGAUCAUGUUUUGACCGCAAUGAACUCUGAUCAUGUUCAAUAUAACAAACCACCGGUUAUUAGCUCUGAUCGUGAUCAAUGUAACGAACGACCGGUUAUUAGCUCGAAGAAACUAUGUCUUUCUAGCAAGAAUGUACAACACGGUAAAGAUCAUGUAUUGGAUUCAACCGUGGUUCAUGAUCUUGAUGCACAAAAGGAAAACUUGUUAAAGGAUCAAAAGAAAUCCUUUGAUGGAACUGGUUUAACUAACCCGAAACGCAAGAAGCUAGGUUUGACCGGAAAGAAACCGUCUACACCAUUUUUAGGCAUACCGCAGAACAAGAAAAAUGAUGAUAAAGUUUCAACUCCUGUUUCAAAACUUCCACGAAAGCCGCUCCAAACGCUAGAAGGAAAACAUAAUCGUAACAUGUAUUUGAGAGUAGAUGAUGAAGUUUCGGAUACAAAUGUUUCUAAAAACGAUGAAGAAACUUUGGAACAAGGAUUGUGUGAAGCUGAAGGAGUGAUUGUGUUGGAUAGUGAAGAUAGCGAAGAAGAAAAGCCGGUUGCUUCGAAGCCUAGACGUUUGAUUGCACGAAAACGUGUGUUGGGUAAAUACUAAGGUUUUAAUCGGUUGAUUCGGGUCAGAUUUGGUUUUCAAGUUUUGAGUUGUCUAUCAAGUUCGAGUUGUUUCCACAUUUGAAACAAACAUGUAAUGUUUGAGUUGACCUGUUAACCCCUUUAAUAUUAAACUUUUGUGUGUGCGCAUGUCUAUAACCACCGGUUACAACCUCAUUACCA